GUCAACAAAGAUCAAUUAACCGCGUAAAGAGCCAAUUCUUUCUCUUUCCUGAAGUUAAAAUCUUCAAAAUCAAGUCUUUGCAAUCGCUUUUCUUUUGAAGUUGGGGGACUUUUCUCGAACUGGUUUAAGAUCUCAUCUCAGUGAACAAUGGCUAGUCUUUACAGAGGGGCAUCAAGGAAAGACAAGCAGAAGGGAAGACACCAUGGAUUAAGCCAACAGAAGAGGCAAGAGAUUAAGGAAGCAUUUGAACUGUUUGACACUGAUGGCUCAGGUACCAUCGAUGCCAAAGAGCUGAAUGUUGCCAUGAGGGCUCUUGGUUUCGAAAUGACAGAAGAGCAAAUCAAUCAAAUGAUUGCGGAUGUUGACAAGGAUGGCAGUGGUGCCAUUGACUUUGAUGAAUUUGUUCACAUGAUGACUGCCAAGAUCGGGGAGAGGGACACUAAAGAAGAGCUUAUGAAAGCAUUCCAAAUCAUUGAUCAAGAUAACAAUGGAAAGAUAUCUGCUGACGACGUUAAACGCAUUGCAAAGGAGCUUGGUGAACACUUCUCCGAAAAAGAUAUUCAGGACAUGAUCGAAGAAGCAGACCGAGAUCAUGACGGGGAGGUAAGUAUUGAAGAGUUCAUGAGGAUGAUGAAGAGAACUACAUAUGGCUACUAGAAGUUUGACAUAUGGCCGGAGGGAGUGUUUGAUCGCAGCCAUGCUGUAGCUGUAGCUGCAGCUGUAGCAUUGUUGUAUAAUUAAACUAAAAAAAACAUGUUGUGUAUGGAUAUAUGUAAUGGGAUUGAAUGUUUCUCCAUGACUUUUAAUUAUGUUGUUCUUCUCUAUUAUUUAAUUUUUUGGUACCGAAAUAGAAGUUUUGGUAUGAAAGCCUUGCAACCA